AUGACGGCGACACGGCCACCUCGCUUUGUAUAUGUCUACCUGCAUGGACUGUUCAGCGGACCGCACUCGCACAAGGCCCUGGCGCUCGGCGAGUAUUUCCGUCAGCAGCCGUGGCGCGGGCAAGCCGCCGGGACCCAUCUGCACAUACCCAGUCUGAACCAUGCCGACGCCACGCCGAUGAACGUCACAGAGGCGUUGCACGCUCUGCACGGCUUCUACAUGGGACAGAACACAAAGCUGCCGACUCCGGCUUCGCAUCAGACCGGUCACAGUGGAGCGGAGCGCGUAACCAAUGUGAAGCUGCGUAUUGUCGGCUCAAGUUAUGGUGGCUAUCUGGCGGCGCGGUUUGCACAAGUCCACGGCGGCUGUGUAGAUAGUUUAAUCCUUCUCUGUCCGGCCUUUAAGCUGCAUGUCCGCCUGCGUCAGAUGAUCAGAGACAAGGAUUGGGAGUUGUUGGAACAGAAUCAGUACAGAAUGCCGACGAGAACACGACCCGUGGGAGCCGCGGCCAGUGCAAGCGGAUGGUACUCGGCAGUGCUGCCGCGUUCGUUCAUCGAGGACUUUGAACAGCAGCCGGUCUUCCCCGUCCCUGCCUGUACUACUUACAUCAUACACGGCUCGCGUGAUGAUGUCAUCCUACCCAGGUGGGUAAUGCAGUACGCAGACGAACACAAGAAGAGAUUCGGUUUGCUCGACGGCGACAAUGCUGGCCAUUCGCGGCAAAGAUUUCAACUGGAGAUGGUGGAUGAUGUGCAUGAUCUGACGGCAGCAUCAACACUGGACAAGAUACGCUCAGUGAUCUCUGACGUGUGGGCAGGUUAA